AUGUCAUCAGUGAACCCCAAGCAUAAUUCAGCCAACUUUAAAAAUCAAUAUUCAGCAUUUUUACGACAAUUAAUUAUUAAUUCACAAUUAAAUGGUAUAAAUUUAUUAAUUUCAUUAUAUUACACUUAUAAAUAUUAUAACGAUAAUAAAAUAUUAGUACAUAAUAAUGAAGAAGAAGAUAAUAUUGCAAUAUAUUUAAUUGUAACAAGUUUAAUUUUGAGUAAUAAAUGUUAUGAUGAUCAAUCAUAUACUUUAAAAACAUGGAUGAUAAUAAUAAAUAAUACAAAGAAAAUUACUAAUGCGAAUACAAAAUCAAAUACAAAUACAAAUACAAAUACAAAUACAAAUACAAAUACAAAUACAAAAUCAAAUAUAAAAUCAAAUAUAAAUACAAAUACAAAAUCAAAUACAAAUACAAAUACUAAAUUAGCAUUGGAUUUGAAAUUGUUAAAUUAUAUGGAAAGUUAUUUCUUAGGUGUUCUUAAUUUUGAUUUAUCAUUUAUAAAUUUAACUAAUGAUUCAAAUUUGUUUUGGAAUAUUUUCAAAAAUGGUCAAGUUUUAUAUAAAUUCAAAUCAUUAAUUAAAGAAGAUGAAAAGGAAGAAGAACCAAUUGUUUCAGUUUUAUCAUCUCCUGUUAUAUUGGCAAGUCAAAGUUGUUAUAAUUAUUCACCAAUUUCAAAAUCAACUACAUUUUCAUCUCCAUUGUCUAACAACUAUACAUUAACUCCAUUAACACCAUAUGAAAUCGUUGACUACAAUAGUGGUAAGAGAAGAAGAGUUCAACAACAACAACAACAACAACAAUCAUUUAAUAUUUACAAUUUACCACCACCACCAAUGCAACACCAAGUUUAUCAACAACAACAGCAACAACAACAGCAAAAACAACAACAACAACAACAACAACAACCAAUACAAUAUCAACAACCAAUCGGUCAACAACAAUAUCCCCUUCAAUAUCAACAACCAAUUUAUCAACAACAAUAUCCACUUCAAUAUCAACAACAACCAUUUCAACCACAACAAUUUCAAGUCCCAGUUUAUCAACAACAACAACAUGUUAAUCCAUUUAAUAAUAAUCAAGUUUAUUAUUCAUAUUGGUAG